AAAGUUGUUCCAAAAUCCGCUGCCAAUGAAGGCCGCAUGGCUUUCGCCUGGCUGCUGUUGGGACACUGCGCGGCCACGUUUUUCCCGCGGGUGCCCUUUGAGAAGAGCCAUUUGCAUCCAGAGUCCUACUGGGUGGACACUCCUUCGGGCCCGACGCAGCUCUGCUACCACAAGGGCGAUAUUUCUUUUCAGCUCUGCUGUGAUGAGCGCUUUGGAGACCGGGGAAACGAAGACUGCUGGGACAGCUUUGACACUUACGAACGGUGUUGUUCCCCUGGACAAUGGGAUUUGCUGACAACUUUGCAAUGGCCUGCGGACAAGAUAUUUCACAAUGCCCACUUGGCAGUCCAAGUGGACAAAGAUCCCAGGUGGUUCAAUUUCCCAUUCCGUGCCACCUCCCUGUGCCCCGACACCACUGGGCCGGAGUCGCAGAACCGCUCAAAAGAAAUUAUGGAAGGGAUGCCCGAGCUGGAAUUUGAUGGGGUUGCUGAAGAAAUCCAUUUGAAUUUGGCGGGGGAGCCAUCAAAUCUGUGGACUCUUGUGCGGGAAGCCUGUAGUAUCUCCAUCCUUUUGGCCCUCACAGCAUACAGCGCAGCCCUGCAAACGCGAGUCGCUUUGAUGGGUUCAUAUGAUGCGACCGACAGGAUAGCUGAGAUUUGGCCACGUUUCCAGCAGAUCUUGCGGCAAAUCCUGGGACAGAUGCAGGAAGCAAAGGCCUUGGUGGAUGCCACUGGCUUUCCAUUGCUGCCACCUAUGGAGGUGAUACAAAUCUGGCAGGAGAUGAUCUUUUCCAUGCCUUCAAAAAGUCUGCAAGACUUGGCCGAGGAAAUUCUGGAACAUGCACAAGGAGCCUAUUAUGCCACAGAGGAUUUCUAUUUUUCAAGGCUACGUCCAAGGCUGCUGGAAGGAUGUGGAGCAGUUUGUGAUAUUUCCUUGCAAACAGAGGGGUCACCAACCUUUUGGGUUCCUGAAUAUUUGGCGGAUGUUGAUUGCCCCGCCAUCACUGGCAAUCGUGUGGCGGGUCAAUCGGCACGGCUUCAGCCACCAUUGCGUUCCGUGCCCUAUGUGUUCAAGGAUGACUUUCAGCGUGGAGGGGUGACCUUUCUUCCUCGCUACGAACUCGCAACAGUUCAUAGCUGGGAGCGACGUUGCAAGCAAUGGAGCAAGGAUUCCGUGGAGGAUCUGAUGAACCUCUUCCGUUUCUACCAGGGUCCAGAGCCGUUGCGAUGGCCUCGAUUUGACGACUUCGUGGCCUAUGACUCGGAAGAACUGAACUCCACCGCACGCUUCGUGGCGUCUCUGAGAGAUGCGCUUCCUUUGCUCGAGGAUGCCAUGGGAGGUCACUGGCUUGUCUUGGGUUCCUUGUCGCCUUGGAUCGAAGCCAUUUUGCUGGAGUAUGGUGUGGCGUCACGGGUCUCCACCUUGGAAUAUGCCAAUCUGUCCUCGUGCCCCGAUCGCCAUCCCAAGAUCACCAACCUCCUGCCAGAGGACUUCAAUCAAGGUUAUCUCAGUGCUGAGCGAUUUGAUGGCUUUGUACAAUGGUCCUCAGUGGAGCACAGUGGUCUGGGGAUGUAUGGCGAUGAGAUCAACCCAUGGGGUGAUCGUCAAGCCGUGGCACAGCUCUGGUGUCGUGGCCGGGCCAAGGCCUGGUUCUUCUUUGGCCCUGGGCCCGAAGGUCCCGGUGGUUCGGUGAUGGGGAGGAAACUGCACAACGAGAACCGAUCCGGUCGACACUCGGGAAGUCCUUUCGACGAGCCGCUUUACUGGAAUGCUGGUCGUGACUAUGGCCGUGAAGCUUUGGGCCGCUUGAUGUUGAAUUGGAAAUUGGUGCGGCCUGCCAAUGGCACUUGGAAUUUUCAUAUUUUUCAGCGACUUGAAAACACGAAAGAAGAAAUCACUUUGCAGCACUCUGCUCUGCAAACGAACUGUCACGAGGCCGAUUAAGCAUUUGACAUUGGCAAUGGAUGGUGC